AUGCCUUUUACCGCAAGCGAUAUCUGCAAAAUCAUCUUUGCUGUCAUCCUCCCGCCGCUGGGUGUCUUCCUCGAGCGCGGGUGUAACUCCGACCUCCUAAUCAACAUCCUCUUGACCAUUCUGGGGGUAGGUUCCAUUCUGGCCUCCAUGAAUCCGGCGUGA